GGCUUCCGGGAUGUGGUCGGUCCUUUGUCUCUCGCUGCAGCCGGAGAUCAAGGUCUUCUCCUUACUGCUGUGCGUCCUCUGCUCCUAGAGGCCCAGUCUCUGUGGCCCUGUGACCCGCAGGUAUUGGGAGAUCCACAACUAAGUCGCCAGGACCCCCUGGAAGCCUAGAAAUGGGAUCAUUGACAUUUAGGGAUGUGGCCGUAGAAUUCUGUCUGGAGGAGUGGCAAUGCCUGGACUCUACACAGCAGAAUUUAUAUAGGAAUGUGAUGUUAGAGAACUACAGAAACCUGGUCUUCCUGGGUAUUGCUGCCUUUAAGCCAGACCUGAUCAUUUUCCUGGAGGAAGGAAAAGAGCCCUGGAAUAUGAAGAGACAUAAGAUGGUGGAAGAAUCCCCAGUUAUAUGUUCUCAUUUUGCUCAAGAACUUUGGCCAGAGCAGGGCAUAGAAGAUUCUUUCCAAAAAGUGAUAUUGAGAAGAUAUGAAAAAUGUGGCCAUGAGAAUUUACACUUAAAAAUUGGUUCUACCAAUGUGGAUGAGUGUAAGGUGCACAAAGAAGGUUAUAAUAAACUUAACCAGAGUUUGACAACUACACAGAGCAAAGUAUUUAAACGUGGCAAGUAUGCAAAUGUCUUUCAUAAAUGUUCAAAUUCAAACAGACAUAAGAUAAGGCAUACUGGAAAGAAACUUUUGAAAUGUAAAGAAUAUGUCAGAUCAUUUUGCAUGCUUUCACACCUAUCUCAACCUAAAAGAAUUUAUACUAGAGAGAAUUCCUACAAAUGUGAAGAAGGUGGCAAAGCUUUUACCUGGUCCUCAACCCUUACUUAUUAUAAGAGUAUUCAUACUGGAGAGAAACCCUACAGAUGUAAAGAAUGUGGCAAAGCCUUUAGUAAAUUCUCAAUCCUUACUAAACAUAAGGUAAUUCAUACUGGAAAAAAACCCUACAAAUGUGAAGAAUGUGGCAAACCUUUUAACCGAUCUGCAAUCCUUGCUAAACAUAAGAUAAUUCAUACUGGAGAGAAACCCAACAAAUGUGAAGAAUGUGGCAAAGCCUUUAGUAAAGUCUCGAUCCUUAAUACACAUAAGGCAAUUCAUGCAGGAGAGAAGCCCUACAAAUGUAAAGAAUGUGGCAAAGCCUUUAGUAAGGUCUCAACCCUUAUUACACACAAGGCAAUUCAUGCUGGAGAGAAGCCCUACAAAUGUAAGAAAUGCAGCAAAGCCUUUAGUAAGUUCUCAAUCCUUACUAAACAUAAGGUAAUUCAUACUGGAGAGAAACCCUACAAAUGUGAAGAAUGCGGCAAAGCCUAUAAAUGGCCCUCGACCCUUAGUUAUCAUAAGAAAAUUCAUACUGGAGAGAAAUCCUACAAAUGUGAAGAAUGUGGCAAAGGCUUUAGUAUGUUCUCAAUCCUUACUAAACAUGAGGUAAUUCAUACUGGAGAGAAACCCUACAAAUGUGAAGAAUGUGGCAAAGCUUUCAACUGGUCCUCAAACCUUAUGGAACAUAAGAAAAUUCACACUGGAGAGACACCCUACAAAUGUGAAGAAUGUGGCAAAGGCUUUAGUAUGUUCUCAGUACUUACUAAACAUAAAGUAAUUCAUACUGGAGAGAAACCCUACAAAUGUGAAGAAGGUGACAAAGCCUUCAGCUGGCCCUCAAGCCUUACUGAACAUAAGGCAACCCAUGCUGGAGAGAAACCCUACAAAUGUGAAGAAUGUGGCAAAGCUUUCAACUGGUCUUCAAACCUUAUGGAACAUAAGAGAAUUCAUACUGGAGAGAAACCCUACAAAUGUGAAGAAUGUGGCAAAAGCUUUAGUACGAUCUCAAUCCUUACUAAACAUAAGGUAAUUCAUACUGGAGAGAAACCUUAUAAAUGUGAAGAAUGUGGCAAAGCCUAUAAGUGGUCCUCAACCCUUAGUUAUCAUAAGAAAAUUCAUACUGGAGAGAAACCCUACAAAUGUGAAGAAUGUGGCAAAGGCUUUGGUACGUUCUCAAUCCUUACUAAACAUAAGGUAAUUCAUACUGGAGAGAAACCCUACAAAUGUGAAGAAUGUGGCAAAGCCUUUAGUAAGGUCUCAACCCGUACUACACAUGAGGCAAUUCAUGCUGGAGAGAAGCCCUACAAAUGUAAAGAAUGUGGCAAAGGCUUUAGUACAUUCUCAAUCCUUACUAAACAUAAGGUAAUUCAUACUGGAGAGAAACCCUACAAAUGUGAAGAAUGUGGCAAAGCCUAUAAGUGGCCCUCAACCCUUAGUUAUCAUAAGAAAAUUCAUACUGGAGAGAAACCCUACAAAUGUGAAGAAUGUGGCAAAGGCUUUGGUACGUUCUCAAUCCUUACUAAACAUGAGGUAAUUCAUACAGGAGAGAAACCCUACAAAUGUGAAGAAUGUGGCAAAGCCUUCAGCUGGUUGUCAGUCUUUAGUAAACAUAAGAAAAUUCAUGCUGGAGAGAAAUUCUACAAAUGUGAAGCAUGUGGCAAAGCCUGUAAGUCAUCCUCAACCCUUAGUUAUCAUAAGAAAAUUCAUACUGGAGAGAAACCCUACAAAUGUGAAGAAUGUGGCAAAGACUUUAGUACAUUGUCAAUCCUUACUAAACAUAAGGUAAUUCAUACUGGAGAGAAACCCUACAAAUGUGAAGAAUGUGGCAAAUCUUUCAACUGGUCCUCAAACCUUAUGGAACAUAAGAAAAUGCACACUGGAGAGACACCCUACAAAUGUGAAGAAGGUGACAAAGCCUUCAGCUGGCCCUCAAGCCUUACUGAACAUAAGGCAAUUCAUGCUGGAGAGAAACCCUACAAAUGUGAAGAAUGUGGCAAAGCCUUCAGCUGGCGCUCAAGCCUUACUGAACAUAAGGCAACUCAUGCUGGAGAGAAACCCUACAAAUGUGAAGAAUGUGGCAAAGCUUUCAACUGGUCCUCAAACCUGAUGGAACAUAAGAGAAUUCAUACUGGAGAGAAACCCUACAAAUGUGAAGAAUGUGGCAAAAGCUUUAGUACGUUCUCAAUCCUUACUAAACAUAAGGUAAUUCAUACUGGAGAGAAACCUUAUAAAUGUGAAGAAUGUGGCAAAGCCUAUAAGUGGUCCUCAACCCUUAGUUAUCAUAAGAAAAUUCAUACUGUAGAGAAACCCUACAAAUGUGAAGAAUGUGGCAAAGGCUUUGUUAUGUUCUCAAUCCUUGCAAAACAUAAGGUAAUUCAUACUGGAGAGAAACUCUACAAAUGUGAAGAAUGUGGCAAAGCCUAUAAGUGGCCCUCGACCCUUAGAUAUCACAAGAAAAUUCAUACUGGAGAGAAACCCUACAAUUGUGAAGAAUGUGGCAAAGGCUUUAGUAUGUUCUCAAUCCUUACUAAACAUAAGGUAAUUCAUACUGGAGAGAAACCCUACAAAUGUGAAGAAUGUGGCAAAGCCUUCAGCUGGUUAUCAGUCUUCAGUAAACAUAAGAAAAUUCAUGCUGGAGAGAAACUCUACAAACGUGAAGAAUGUGGCAAAGCCUAUAAGUGGCCCUCAACCCUUAGUUAUCAUAAGAAAAUUCAUACUGGAGAGAAACCCUACAAAUGUGAAGAAUGUGGCAAAACCUUUAGUAAGAGCUCAACCCUUACUACACAUAAGGCAAUUCAUGCUGGAGAGAAGCCCUACAAAUGUGAAGAAUGUGGCAAGGCUUUCAACUGGUCCUCAAACCUUAUGGAACAUAAGAGAAUUCAUACUGGAGAGACAUCCUACAAAUGUGAAGAAUGUGGCAAAGGCUUUAGUAUGUUCUCAAUCCUUACUAAACAUAAGGUAAUUCAUACUGGAGAGAAACCCUACAAAUGCGAAGAAUGUGGCAAAGCCUAUAAGUGGUCCUCGACCCUUAGCUAUCAUAAGAAAAUUCAUACUGGAGAGAAACCCUACAAAUGUGAAGAAUGUGGCAAAGGCUUUGGUACGUUCUCAAUCCUUACUAAACAUAAGGUAAUUCAUACUGGAGAGAAACCCUACAAAUGUGAAGAAUGUGGCAAAGCCUUCAGCUGGUUCUCAGUCUUUAGCAAACAUAAGAAAAUUCAUGCUGGAGAGAAAUUCUACAAAUGUGAAUGUGGCAAAGCUUUUAAACAGUUCCCAACCCUUACUACACAUAAGAAAAUUCAUGCUGGAGAGAAACACUACAAAUGAGAAUAAUGUGGCAAAGGCUUCAACCAGUCCUCAAACCUUAAUGGAACAUAAGAGAAUUCAUACUGGUGAGAAACCCUACAAAUGUGAAGAAUGUGAUAAAGACUUCAACUGGUCCUCACACCUUACUGCUCAUAAAAGAAUUCAUACUGGAGGGAAAAACCCUACAAAUGUGAAAAAUGUGGCAAAGCUAUUAAUUAAUUCUCAACCCUUACUGAACAUAAGGGAAUUUAUAUAGGAGGGAAACCCUACAAAUGUGAAGAAUGUGGCAAGCCUUUUAGCUAUUCCUCAAUCCUUACUAAACAUUCAUGUAAUUCAUACUGGAGGGAAUUCCUACAAUUGUGUGGAAUGUGGCAAAGCCUUUAACCAGUCCUUAAGGCUUACUACAUAUAAGACAACUCAUACUGGAGAGAAACCAUGCACGCGUGAAGAAUGUGGGAAAGCCUCUAAUAGAUCCUCAAUUGUUAAGAGACAUAAGCUAAUUCCUACACAAGAGAGACUCUACAAACCUGAAAGAUGUGACCAUGCUUUUGGCAACACCACAGACUUUUCUGAAUAUAAAAAAAACAUACUGAUGAGAAAUCCUAGAAAUGUGAAGAAUGUCACAAAGCCUUUAAAUGGCUGUCACACUUGGUUGUAGGUAAGAUAACUCAUACUGGAGAAAACUGCUAGAAUAAACAAUGUGGCAAACAUCUAACCAGUGCUCAUGUCUUAUUGCAAAGGAAAGCAUUUAUACUAGCCUGAGCAACAGAGAGAGACUCUGUCUGGAAAAAAAAAUUUUGUAAAUGCCAUUAAUAUCUUCUCACAGCUUAUUAAACAUCAGAGAGUUCAUACUAAAUAAAAGUAUUAAAAGUGCAAUCACAGUCACUAGAUCUUUCAGAAAAUAAAAGCCGUUAAAGUACAGAAGAAUAUUUAUUUUGAGGAAACACAUAAGUAUUAAGAUGGUUGUAGUACAUGUACUUGUAUCACAGAUUUUAUUGUACACGUUUUGUACUACAGGAAAACCUGAGGUAGUUGUUCCAACUUUGCUCAACAUCAGGGAAUUUAAAAUUGAAGAGUAACCCUGCAAAUUUAAUAAAUUUGGAAAAACAUUUUUUCAAAAACUACAGAUUAUAAAACACAAAAGCAUUUAUACUAAAAUAUGUUUCUGCAGAUACAGUAAAUAUAAAAAAUACUUAAUCCAAAAUUAAGUUUAUGUAAAUAUCAGAUAAUUCACAGUAGAAAUAUCUGUCUCUCAAACUUUAGACAUUACACUAUAUCAGACUGCUGAGUAUAGGAAAAAAUCCAAAACUAAAGUUGGUAAAAUGAAAAAUUAUUUGUAUAUAACUUUAAAAGAAGUAGAUCUUUGAAGAGUUAUAAUUAAAUUUAAAGUAUACUUUUUUCUUCAAAAUACAGAUUUUUUUUUGCCAGACACAUUGGCUUACUGUUGCCAAUACUUUGUGAUGCCAAGGUGGGCAGAUCACCUGAGGUCAGGAGUUCAAGACCAGACUUGACAACAUGGUGGAAUCCCAUGUUUACUAAAAAGAAAUACAAAAAUUAGCCAAGGUCUGCCUUCCAGGUUCACGCCAUUCUCCCACCUCAGCCUCCCAAUUAGCUGGGACUACAGGUGCCCGCCACCACUCCCAGCGAAUUUUUUGUAUUUUUAGUACAGACGGGGUUUCACCAUAUUAGCCAGGAUGGUCUCGAUCUCCUGACCUCGUGAUAUGCCCACCUUGGCCACCCAAAGUGCUGAGAUUACAAGCAUGAGCCAUAGCACCUGGCCUAAUAACAGAAGUCUUUAGCAGAGCAAAAAUGUAUAAAAUGUAUAGUGACAUUGAAUAAGUAAUAAUAAACCUACUAACCAUAAAAAGCCCUGGGUCAUAUGAAAUCACAGCCAAGUUUUACCACAUAUACAAAGAUAAGCUGGUCCUAAGCCUACUGAAUGCAUUCCAAAAAAUCAAGGUGGGAUUUCACCCUAACUAGUGAAAUUAAAUCAGUGAAAUAUAUGAAACUAAAAUCUAGUGAAGACACCACAAAAAAAGGAAAGUACAGGUCAAUAUUCUGGUUGAAUAUUGGAACAAUAAUCCUCCAUGAAAUACUAGCAAACUGAUUUCAAAAGCAAAUCAGAAAGUUAUUUUGCUACAUUCAUGUGAGCUUUUCCAUAUAUAUGAAGGUGUUUCAUGAUAUGGAAGUCAAUAAGUGUGAUUCACCAUAUAAAGAUAAUUAAAAGAAAAAAAAUUUACAAUAAGGGCAGAAAAAGCAUUCAAGUAAACCCAAUAUUGACUCAAAAAUGUUGUCAACACACUGGACAUUGAUGAAAAUAUCUUAAUAAGAGUCAUCUAUGACAAAUCCUUAGCCAACAUCAUACUAAAAGAGCAAAAACUGGAAGCAUUCUCCAUGAGAAUAAAAAUAAGAAUAUCCAUUCUAAACAGUCCUAUUGGAGUUAUGAAAUCCUAGCCAGAGAAAUAAAAGGAAUCCAAACAGAAAACAAAGAAAGUCCAAUUAUCUUUACUGAUGAAAGAAUUGUCUACCUAGAAUACUUUAAAGAUUUCACCAAAAGAGUUCUAAGCCUGGAAAAAGACUUCAAAAAAAAUCUCAGAAUACAAAAUCAACACAAAUGCAUAGCAUUUGUGUACAUCAAUAAUAUUCAAACUGAGAACAAAUUUAAAAACACAGCUCUAUUUACAAUAGCCACAAACACACAAAAAAAACCUAGAAAUACAUUAAAUCAAGGGGGUAAAAUAUCUCUACAAAGAACAACAAAGCAUUGCUGAAAGAAAUGAGAGACAAUGCAAAUAAAUGAAAAAACAUUGCUCAUGGAUUCAAAUAAUAUAAUUAAAAUGGUCAUUCUGCCUAAAGCAACCUACAGAUUAAGUGCUAUUUUUAUCAGACUAUCUAUGAUGAUUUUUACAGAAUUAGAAAAAGAAAACUAUUCUAAAAUACAUUCAAAAGAAUUAAAGAGCUCAAAUAGCCAAGACAACUUCAGACUAAAAGAAUAAAUCUGAACCAAGCAUGGUGGCUCAUGCCUGUCAUCUCAGCCUUUUGGGAGGCUCAGGUGGAUGGAUCACCUGAGGUCAGAAGUUUGAGACCAGCCUGGCCAACAUGGUGAAACCUGCAUCUCUACUAAAUACAAAAAAUUAGCCAGGUGUGGUGAUGCAUGCCUGUAAUCCCAGCUACUUGGGAGGCUGAGGAAAGAGAACCAUUUGAACCUGGGAGGUGGAGGUUGCAGUGAGCCAAGAUUGCAUCAGAAUAACCAGUAUAACAUGGUUCUGGUACAAAAACAAACAUCUAGACCAAUGAAAUGGAAGAGAGAGUACUGAAUUAAGCUAUGCUUUGCAAUCAGGUUAUUUUUACAAAGCCAACAGAAAUAAACAAAAGGGGAAUUAACUCCCUAUUUAGUAAGUAAUACUGGGAAAACUGGUUAGUCAUAUGUGGAAGAAAACUGGACUCCUACAUUUUUCUAUAAAAAAAAAAAAACUCAGUAUAGAUUAAAGACUUGAUCUGUGAGUCUCCAAGCUACAAAAAUCUUAGAAGAACACUUAGAUAAUACUGGCCUCUGGAAAGAAUUUAAGACUAACAUCUAACAUGAGUGCAACAAAAAUAAAAAUAAAAAAUGACAUCUAAGCCAAAGAGCUUCUGCACAGUAAAAGAAACUAUCAACAAAGUAAACAGAUGACCUACAGUAUGAAAUAAAAUAUUUGCAAACUGCAGACAAUGAAGGAUUAAUGUACAGAAUCUAUAAUACAUUUAAUAAAAAAGCAAACAUGAUAUGAAUAGCCAGCUUCUUCUCAAAGGAAGACAUAAGAGCUGCCAAUAAACAUGUAAAAAUUGCUCAAUGUUCCUAAUUAUCAGAAAGAUGUAAAUCAAAGUGACAGUGUGCUACCAUUUCAUACCAGUAAGAAUGACUUAUUAAAAGUAAGAUAAAUAAGAUGUUGAAGUUGUAGAGAAAAGGAAAUCUUUCUACACUGUUGGUGGGAAUGCAAAUUAAUUCAGGGCCUGUGCAAAGCAGUUUGGAGACUUCUCAAAGAACUAGAAAUAGAAUUGCCAUUUGACCAAUCAAGCCCAUUACUGGAUAUCUUCCCCCAAAAAGAAUAAAUAAUUUUGCCAAAGAGAUGCCAGCACUCACAUGUUCAUUGCAGCACUAUUCACAAUAGCAAAAACAGAAUUUAACCAGUUACCCAUGAAUCUUUAAUUGGAUAAGAAAAAUGAUGUACUUAUACAACCGCCAAUACUAUGCAGCAACAGAAGAGAAUGAAGUAACGUCUUUUGCAGCAACAUGAAUGCAGCUCUGCUUCAGGCCAUUAUUCUAAGCAAAUUAAUGCAUCAGAAAAACAAAUGCCACAUGUUCUCACUCAUACAUGGACGCUAAAAAUUGGGCGCACAUGGAAACAGAGAUGAAAACUAUAUACAAACACUGGGGAUUCUAAAAAGAAGGAGGAAGGAUGGGAGACAAGCAUUGAAAAUCUGGUUAGGUAUGAUGUACGCUACUUGGGCAAUGGAAUUAUUAAGUAUCCAGACCUCAGCAUCAUGUAGUAUACCUGUUUUACAAAUCUGCACAUGUACCCCUUAAAUAUAAAAAUAAUAAAAUGCUUAUUGGUAUAAAUGACAUGUUCUAUUUUUCCAGUGCUGGGUUAAUAGUUGAACUUAGGGGUGAAAAACAAAUUUUUCACCCCUUAAGGCGUGGUGGUGAAUGUUUCUAUACCAGAUCUCCUCACAUUUUAUAAGCUAACCUGAAAUUUCUUGGUCUAUAGCCCAAAAAGUGUUUUAUUUUCAAGUGUGCAAGUAAAACAAAUUACACCUUUAUUAUUUAUGUAUUAACUGUACACUAGACUAUAGACUUAAUUUGUUACUGUACUCUUUUGGGGGAAAAUGUGGUAAUUGGUUUAAUCAUAUUUUUUUCAGAAUGAACUAUUUGUGAAAGUGUGAGACUAAAAAUUAUGCUAAAUUACUGAAUUAGAAAUAUAAAACAUUUUUUUCUAAAAAAAAAAAAGCACAAAAGUCUUAUGGUUGUAUUCCAAAAAUAAUUCAACAGAAAGUGGGGGUUAUUUAAGACCACAGUGCUGCAAAUACUCAUUCCAUCACAAUAAUUCUUGUGAAAAAUAGAAAUAAUGGGUCAGAAGGUAUUUUUAGAGUACUUUUCUUAUGCUAUUGCAGUGUGAAAUUCUUGUCUUUAUUAAUUUCCAUAUGAAAGUCUGUACUUGAACAAAAGAUGCCAUUAAUUUCAAGUGAAGAUGCUCACACAUUUAGACGGGCACUGGCAUGUUUUCAAUCAAGGUGUAGCAUUUCUUGCCUGCCUUGUGCUGCUGUGUUUGUGUGAACUGAAAAGGCAGCAAGUAAAGAAGAAUGAACCAUGACAUUUCUAAUUUCAACAGCCACAGCCUCUGUAAUUGUGUCAUCUAGAAAUAAUGACAGUAUUUCAAAACUGACAAAAAGAAAGGGAUACUUUAGUUUAGUUUAUUAUUUAUAGUUUCUAAAAAUUUAUAGUUUCUGAUUUAUUAUAUGCUAAAAAACCUGAACA